AUGAAUCGCAGUAAAAUAUUACUCUCUCGAAAUUCAAGGCUUUAUAUUAUCCAGCAAAAUGGUCCAAUUCUUGAGAGCGAAAUAGAAAAUGAAUAUAUGUUUAACAGUAUUGGCAUGAGCAAUAUGACUUAUUCUUACAACAAUUCUAAAGUAUUUAUUGGAAAUAUUGCUUAUUUAUCUAUAUUUUACGAACUAGGAGUCCAUUUAUACCGGUUUAAUUUAUCGGACGGUAGCAUGAUAAAAUUGUCAGUAUUUCAGAAAGUAGCGCAGCUUCCUUAG